AUUCCCUACUUUUUCUCUGAGUGUCCAAAGGAUAUAUCCACAGACAUGUUUGCCCGUCUUUGUAGGCGCUUUGGGAGAGUUGAUGUUGAUAGAGAAGAGUCUAGAGUGAAGCAAACGAAACCUAAAGAGGCCUGCAGACAGACGUCAUCUCCUGAAAAUGUCCUAAACAAGGUGCAGGCCAACGAGGAAGAGGAGAGGCUGAAUAGAGAACUAGAGCUAACUACCAAGGAGAGAAAUGAGCUGACAGAUCGCCUCCUUUAUGUGACAGGUGGAUCCAUGAACAAGAGCCCCUACUUCAGGCCAAAUCCAUUUUAUGAAAACUUGAAGAUAAAGGAGAAAGAGGUCAUGUCAUUACUGCACAACUUAGACACAAAGAACAUUGAACAUCGUGAGAUAUUUCAGGAGCUCAAGAAGGAGAUUAACUUCUAUCGGUGCUUGAAAUCACAUCAAGAAAUAGCCUGCAUGGAAGGUUGCAACAUGGGUGUGUGUUAGGGGAACACUCAUGAAGCCUUGUGCUUAGCAUUCAACGGUUGCCACAAAAUUCCUUAUGAGGAAGACUUGAAAUCAUUAUGGUCCUAGAAACAGUGUGGAGGCCAGUUGGCAGAGGAAAGUGAAACAUUAGAGCCACCAGUGAAGACUCCUGUUGGGCCCUACCUUGGUGUUUCCCUCCCCCCUCGCUGAGCCUUUCAGCCUGCUAUAGCAAGAAAUUGUUUACACCUUUGACAGCUGCUCUUAGCCCCUGAUUUGGGGCUGGGAUUUUCCAUGGCACCCUUCCUCCCCACUGAGCUUUCCUGCUUCUUGUUUUUAGGAAGCUGUUUAUGCCCCUGAUUGGGCUGGAACUUUCACCACACAGACUU